AUGUUGCGGAAAGGUUAUGUGAAUGGGUUACGUGCUCUUCGAUUCGGGAAAGCGAAUUACACUCAAUAUGCCAAAUUCAUAUGCCGGCCUUAUUCUAUUUGUAAUGGAGGAUGGCACACUCGUUACACAUUUUUGGAUAGAUCAAAAAUGCAACCAACAUCAUUCCAGAUUCAGGUUAUCCAAAACCGUAUACUAUCGAGUAGUUCAGGCAAAAGUCCUUCAAAGGAUGAUACUGAAUAUGAUCAAAAUUCUGAAGCUGUGUCAGAUGCUGAUGGAUCGGAUUCACCACCUCCACCACUGGCUUUAUCUACUCAAAAUAUCCCCGAGAAUUUUCCUAUUGUACCUGUGAUUGCAAUAACUGGUGCACCUUUGUUCCCGAAAUUUAUUAAAAUGAUUGAGAUCACUGAUGAACGAUUAAUAAAUUUGAUACGCAGAAAAAUCAAAUUGAAUGCUCCAUAUGCAGGAAUAUUUCUGAAGAAGUCGAACACAGAUCAGUCAGAUGUCGCAAAUAGUGUGGAUGAGUUACAUCGGGUCGGUACAUUCGUACAUAUUCCUGAAUGGGAUGAUUUGGGUUCAAAAAUUCGACUAUUGGUUGCUGGACAUCGACGUAUCGAACUUGUUCGUCCAGUUGAAGAAAAUUGGUUGAUGAUACAGUCAACUAUCCAGUUGGCAAACGCAACAGCUUGCUUCGACGGGCUAAACCAAAAUCUAGAUGUUGAUACAACUUCUCCAAAUAAUGAAGGUUCCACUGCUUCUCCCGUUUUGAUAGGUGAAACAAUCAAUUUAUAUCAUGAUCCCUACGAAAGCACUCAAGAAAUCAAGGCUUUGAGCGCUGAGAUUGUGAAAACGAUACGUGAUAUUAUCAGUUUAAAUCCUGUGUAUAGAGAGAAUGUCCUCGCCAUGUUACAAGCUGGACAACGUGUUGCUGAUAAUCCUAUAUACCUGAGUGAUUUAGGAGCUGCUUUAAGUGGUGCUGGAGAUCCUGAAGAACUUCAAGCAGUAUUAGAAGAGAUGAAUAUUUACAAUCGCCUUCGACUUUCACUAAAUCUGGUAAAGAAGGAGUACGAAUUGGCUAAACUUCAACAACAAAUAGGUCGUGAAGUUGAAGAGAAGGUAAAACAGCAACAUAGACGUUAUAUGCUAUCUGAACAACUGAAAGUAAUCAAGAAGGAACUAGGUUUGGAGAAAGAUGACAAGGACACUAUCGUAGAGAAAUUUCGUAUGCGUCUGAAGGAUUUGACUGUCCCUGCCAGUGUUAUGGAAGUUGUUGAAGAAGAACUAAACAAACUGAGUGUUCUAGAUAAUCACUCAUCAGAAUUCAAUGUAACACGUAAUUAUUUGGAUUGGUUAACUGCAUUACCAUGGGGAGUGACAAGUGAAGAACACCUGGAUAUUGGGUCAGCCAGAAAAAUUCUAGAUGAAGAUCAUUACGGAAUGGAUGAUAUCAAAAAACGUAUUCUCGAGUUCAUUGCAGUCAGUCAACUCAAAGGUUCAACACAGGGUAAAAUAUUAUGCUUUUAUGGUCCACCUGGUGUUGGUAAAACGAGUAUAGCACAGUCUAUCGCUCGUGCAUUAAAUCGAAAGUAUUUUCGUUUCUCUGUCGGUGGGAUGUCAGAUGUUUCCGAAAUCAAAGGUCAUCGGCGUACGUAUGUUGGUGCAAUGCCCGGUAAAAUAAUUCAAUGUCUUAAAAAAACAAAGACAGAGAAUCCUCUUAUUCUGAUUGACGAAAUUGAUAAGUUGGGUCGUGGAUGGCAGGGUGAUCCAGCCAGUGCUCUCUUAGAAUUACUCGAUCCAGAGCAGAACGCCAACUUUUUGGACCAUUAUCUUGAUGUGACUGUAGACCUAAGUCGUGUGCUUUUUAUUACCACAGCAAAUCAGUUGGAUACUAUUCCCGAGCCUUUGAGAGAUAGAAUGGAAGUUAUCGAAGUAUCAGGUUAUGUUGAAGAAGAAAAAUUGGCUAUCGCAAAACGUUACCUUCUACCGUUAGCUGCUCGAAAUAGUGGUCUAGACGACAAUCGUCUCAUGGUAGAUGAUAAUGCUAUCAAACGUCUCAUUAAGCAGUAUUGUCGUGAAAGUGGUGUACGUAAUCUCCAAAAACAUAUUGAAAAGAUUGUUCGAAAAGUUGCUUAUCAGUUGGUGAAUGCAGAUAAAGAUCCUCCAAUUCAAGUGGAUGCUGAUAAUUUGACAAAUUAUGUUGGUCAGCCUAUUUGGACAUCGGAUCGUCUAUAUGAAGCAAUCACUCCAUCCGGUGUUGUUAUGGGUUUAGCUUGGACGUCUAUGGGUGGAUCUGUUUUGUAUAUUGAAUGCACUAACAAACGACCUAGACACUUAUCUGAUGCUUCAGGAUCUUCUGACAGUGAUUCUGAUGAAUCUUCUCAUAAGAAAGGUACCUUGCAACUAACUGGAAGUUUGGGUAAUGUCAUGAAGGAAUCUGUAUCUAUUGCGCAUACAUUUGCUGCACAAUUUGCUGCUUCCGGUGCUCCAUGCUCCAUAUCUUCUGGUGAGGAGCGAUGUAUGCUUAGUCCUAGUGAAUCGUCUAAAGCAGGACUCUUUCUUCAAGAGGCUGAUAUUCACUUACAUGUACCUCAAGGUGCUACCCCAAAGGAUGGUCCAUCUGCAGGAAUAACUAUGGUAACUGCUUUGUUAAGUCUAGCGUGUGAUAAACCUGUUCGUCCUGAUUUGGCUAUGACUGGUGAAGUGAGCUUGACGGGCAAGGUUUUACCAGUGGGUGGUAUAAAAGAAAAAAUAAUUGCUGCUAAACGUGGUGGAAUAAAAAUUCUCAUUCUUCCAGAAGCCAAUCGCAAAGACUUUGAUGACCUUGCUUCGUUUAUUAAAGAGGGUCUGGAUAUACAUUUUGUCCAACACUAUAAAGAAGUUUUUCCAGUUGCAUUUUCACAGUUGUAA